CGCGUGUAUUUGAGCGACGUGAGCUAGGGGAGGGAGAAAAGAGAGAGAGACAGCCGCCUUCAAAAAUGGCGUCUUCCGAGGAAAAUGACAAAAAAUAUUAAAAACGAGGCCUACUUUUCGUCUUCAUUGAUUUUCGGAAUUUAGAUUAUGGUUUCCAGACAUCGCGAUAUCGUCGUCAUCAUUAUUUUCUAAUGUAAAAAAGAGAAGGAAUGGUAGAAGGCUAUAUAAAUAGCAACCCAGUUUUAUUUUGAUGCGUCGACAGGGCUAGCUAGCUAUAUACUAGUAGCAUCUGCUAGCUCACAACAAUUUCAGAAUGGGAAGGCAUUUUGCAUGCUAAAGAAAUCACAAUUACUGUUAUAUGAUAACUUAUCUUUUGAUACUGUUUGCAACAGUCGUGAGGUAUCGAUGGUAAUCUUUUCAGUCGCGGAUCGCGGCAUUUACUCUAGUUAAAAUAAAGGGGAUGAGAUACGGCAGGAAAGGAUGCGUUUGAUCAAAUGUUUCUCUGCAAUUUAUCGAUAAUUUAUCAUGAUCGUGCAUAGCGUCGUUGCAAUUUGGCAGUUGUGGAAAUGAUAUUUGGAGAAAGUGUAGGACAGGAGAGACUGAUUAUUGGAGGUGGUUGGAGUACACCCCCAGACCCCCCUUUUUUGUCCAGUUUUCUCCUCCCCUCCAUUUCUCUUUCAAUAUGCUGUUUUCCAAUCCAGAGGAUUUGCUUAUGAAACGGGGUAAAUAGUCUAAAAUCGAUCACGGGGAAGACGGAUACCCCAAUUCUGUGAAAAUUCCUACUACUCGGUGCUUUCGUCCUUGUCACACAUUUUUCAUAAAUGCAAAAUGGAUAGAAAUUACCCGGGAACAGGGUUCGGUGAUUUGGGCGCAGGAGCGGGAUGGAGUUAUGAGAGAUCGGCGAAAGCAAGUCUCGUCUAUGGAAGUUCCAGAUCAUCACACCCUGAGUCGGAGCUUCUCCAUCGACAAGCCUACGGCACUCCCCACCCUCUGCAGGGCUAUGCCACCAAUCACCACCCGGGCAGCUCUGGCCAAGGCGGGGCUUGGGGAGCAGGUCGGAGUUUGGGUCUCUCUGGACUAUUUGAAACCGGCCUGCACCAUGCCAGCCCCUCUGGCCCAGACGCUUCGGUGAUGAACCUGAUCUCCGCUCUGGAAUCCCAGCGGGGUCCCCAGGCUCCCCCCUCUGCCUCCUCCCUCCUCUCCCAGUUCCGCACGCCGUCCUGGCAGACAGCAAUACACACCCCGGCCCCUGCUGAGCUCUUCAUCUCCGGGCCCCUCCCCGGCUCGGGCUCCUUCACCUCUUCCUCGGCCCUGUCGGCCUAUCAGCACCCGGCCUCCUUCUCCAGCCGCUCCUUCCCCACCCUCCAGGACACGCCCACGUUCAACUCCACCUCCAAUGGACUCCUCUCCCCCCACGACCCUCUGUUGCACAUCAAGGGUCCCUCUCAGUCCAGCCUGGGCUUUGACCGCCUCCUAUCCUCCCAGGGCGCCGCCACAGCCUACCGGGGCGGCCAGGAUCCCACAGGUGCCUCGUCGGCCCAGGCCUCAUCAGCGCGGCACCUCCAGUCCCACCAGUUCAACCUGCUGUCCUCUCAGCUGCAGGACCAGUCCUCCCAGUUGUACAAUGCCUCAGUGUUCUCCUCGGCCCAGGCUCAGGUGCAAGCCCAGGCUCAGGCCCAGUCUAACUCGAUCCAAGAGAGGGCUGUGCCUCGGCAGGACAGUGUGAUCAAGCACUACCAGCGGCCCACGCCGUCCCAGUCCCAGCUCUCCUCCUCGGCGGCCCACUCCCUGCAGCACUACCUCAGUUGCGGCGGGGCUGGGUACCAGCAGAUCGCCCACCACAGGCAGGCCGGCCUCUCUUGCAGCCCCCUGGGUGACCAGAGCCCCUCCUCAGACCACAAGGCCUCUUCCCGGACGGAACAGGUGUACCGGCCCAUCAUCCAGCCCCCCUACUCGAUCUCCACCCCUUCUUCAGCAGCAGGGAAGGGCGCCAAGAGCAACUCCAGCAGCGGCUACUCCUCGGCCAACUCGGCAUCCUCCUCCCGCACCCCUCACACGCCCCCUUCUGCGUCCUCCAGCUCUUCAACAACCUCCUCUUCCUCCUCUGCCUCGGGAGCCCACCCCUCCAACUCACUCCCCCCCUCCAGCUCCAGCUCGGCCCCCUCUAGACAGCAGCCUCUCCCUCAGAGCACUCCAGCUCCCCAGCAGCAGCCCCCUCCUACCUCAUCCACAUCUGCCCAGCAACCUUUAACUAAGCACAGCCUCUCGGGCUACGGCUCACCCGUGCCCCCAGUGAAAACCCCCGCUGCCGCCCUCACAGGCCAAACCCCGCCACAACAGCAGAACCAGUCAUACUCGCCCAGCCAGCCCCCUCCCUCCCACCUCCCCCAGUCGUAUGGUGGCUUCAGCUCCCCUCAGGCCCAGGACCUGAGCUCAGCCGGGGGAAGAAAAGGCUACGGGAGCCUGGGAGGGCGAAGCCAGUUGUACUCGGCGGAUGUGGUCUACGGGGCUGACUCUGCCUAUGGGUCCCUCCCAUCCUCUCUGGGCGGCGCGGGAUGUCCAUCGCUAGGUUACGGCCCAGGCCACUCCCCCGCCCUUUUACAGUCGAGCGGGUCGUCGGGGGGCGGAACCUCAGGAGGCGGUGGUAGCAGCAGCGCAGUAAGCGGGAACUCCGGCUCAGGAGGAGCCGGGAGCAGUAUGGCCAAUGAGAGAGGAGGUGGUGCCGGAGGAGGGUCUUACCAUAUCCCUGAGUCUAGCCCCUCCCCGUCGGCCAACUCUGGGAUCAUCCGUCCAGGGUUGCACUCCCCCGCCCCUGCCUGCCCCACACAGUCCCCGGGAGGAACGGGCUCCAACAAAUACAUCUCCUCGGUCCUCUCCCCCACUUUCAUGUCCUCCCCUCAGGGCUACCCCGACAGCAGAGCCCCCCCCGACACCAGAGGCCCCCGGUCCCAGCCCCAGUCCUACCAUCCCACCUCCAACAAAACCAAGUCCGACCCCAGCAGUAUGCUAGGUGUGGGCUCCCAGAGGUCUCAAGAGGACGUGGAUGACGAUGACGACUUCUUGAUCCAGCACCUUCUCCAAGCCCAGGCCAGUCCCACACCCCAGGCAUCCCACCACCACUCCCAGCAGCAACAACCUCAACAGAAGGUCCAACAACAGGCACCUCUGCAGCCUGUCCCCUCUACCACGGACACCGGCAAAGGGCUAUUGUCCUACGAGCUGGGCAAGAGCUCUGAGGAGAGGUACCACCUCCAGAGCGUCAUCCGCACCCACAGCGCCACCUCCAGCGCCGGUGCCGGAUCGGGAGGGGCGGUCACGGGCCUAGACAGCCAGCUGGAGAUGUCUCUCAAGAAACAGCAACAUCCACAACAGCAACAACAACCAAGGAAUGACAGCGAAGGCGGUGGCAGGAGUGGUGGUGGAGGAGGAAGAGGAGGCGCCGAGCAAAGCCACCCCCACUUACACCACCACGACUCCCUGGGGUCGGUGGUGCACUACGGCCGGGGCGACCCGUACUCCCAGCACUCCCUGGGCCCCCAACACUCCCACCCGCAGCAGCACGCCGCCUCCCACACCCACCUUCAGUCCCACACUCACAUGGAGCUGCAGAAGAAUCCACAAGAGCGCUCAGAGCUGGUGUACCCACGCAAGACCCCUGAGGUCCAGCAGCAGCACUCUCAAUCCUCUGCCUCCCUCAUGGAUUCCCCCACGGACCAGUCCCACCAGCCGCCCCACCUGCUCCAGUCUGUGCUGUCUCACACCACUCGCAACAAGAUGGAGCCCCAUCAGCAGCAGCAUUCAGUGAGCCAACAACAAGCUAUGAUGGAUGGAGCUGGAGGGAGAAUGGGCGCUGGCAAACACCAGUCUCAGACCCAGCAGGCCUCCCAGCUUCAGCUACAACUCCAGUCCCAGGCUUUGGAGGUCACAGCGGCGGCCGCUCACUACAACCACGGACCUCCUCGGCAGGACCAGAGCCAGUCCAAGCAACAACAGCAAAGCUCGGUGGUGUCCUCCCUGGACAUGCUGGAGUGCUCGCUCUCCCAGACAUCCAGUGCGGACGGAGGGGGAGUGGAGGAGAGGAGAGGAGGCGGAGGAGGUGGUGGAGGAGGGGGAAGAGGCGGCGGGAGCGCAGAGUGCCACAGGCAGCAGCAGCAAGAGCAGCAGAGGCUCUCGGCCCAUCACCCUCAACACUCCGCCUCGGAGCUCCACUCGUUCCUCUCUGAGCCCGACAUGGGCUUAUCUGCCCCUUUGCACGUGCACCACCUCCCCCAACGCCAUCAACAUCCCAACUCCCACCACCAGCAAAGCCACUCGGUGCACCACCCCCACUCCCAUGGCCACGCUCACCCCCAGUCUCACACUCACCCUCAGCCCCUUCCCUCCACCCACUCCCAGCAACAGGAGUCCCAGUCCCACCCGUCCCAGCUCACCCCAGGCCAGCAGGUCCAAAUGGACCAGCAUCAGCGCACCGAGCAGCACCCGUUCGACACGGUCAGCCCUGUGGAGAAAAGCUGUGGCCAGCGCCAGCAGAGCCAGAACCGCUUUGUCACGCUCACCUCUAUCUGCUUCCCGGACUCGCUCCUGCAGGACGAGGACCGCUCCUUCUUCCCUGGCAUGGAGGACAUGUUCUGCUCAGACGACUUCUCCAAGUCGAGCUGUGCCGGAGAAGGCGCAGGCCCAGGGCAGGAGGAGAUGAACCAGGAGGGACCAGGAGGGGGCCAUGAGGAGCCCAUGAAGGCUAAUUCAGGAGGAGGAAGUGGAGGGGGAAGCGGAGGAGCCGGGUACGAAAUGCUGGGCCACCACGGCGGCGACCAGGGAUAUGGGCAGUACUGCCACGGGCUUUCCGAGUCCGGAAACCGCACCCUGGACCUGGACUCUCUCAAGACACAUGAGCUGCCCUCCACCGUUAACACGGCGCAGCUGGGCCUGAUCCAGUCCUCAGGUUCAGGCGCGUGCACCGGUGGAGCUGGCGCCGGCCCCGGAGGCCUCACCUCGCCCAUCUUCUGCUCGUCGCGCCCCAAGAAGCUCCUCAAGUCGAGCUCGUUCCACCUGCUCAAGGAGCGCCGAGACCCCAACACACUGCCCAAAAAGAGCUACGCGCAGGAGUAUGAGUUUGAGGAUGAUGAGGACAAGGACAACCAGCCGGCGGACAUCCGUCUGAACAGCCGCCGGCUCCCUGACCUCCUCCCCGACCUGGUCUCCAGCUGCCGUAAAACAGGAGGUGGAGGUGGGGCCGGAGGAGGAGGCACGCUCAGCCCCCUCAUGGGCGACCUCGACUACUACCACUCGUCCGGCUACCCCUCCCUCUGCCCCCCUCCCCAGCUCCUGCCGCAGGACGGGCCCAAGAAGAGAGGCCGCAAGCCCACCAAGCCAAAGAGAGCAGGGCCUCCUAGGCCCAGGGGUAGGCCUCGCAUUCGCCCGCAUCCCGAGCAGCACGCGCCCCGCGGAAUGAUGGGCGGUGAGAUGGGAGAAGGAACCGAAGCAGGAAGGGGGUAUGGAGGAGGAAUUGAGGGCAAACGGAGCAGGGGCCGUGGCGGCGGAGGCCGAGGGAGAGGGAGGAGAGACGACAUGUUCAUGGAGAUAACUGGGAAGGAGCAGAUGCAGCAACACCACCUUAAUCGGCAACAGCAUCAACUCCACCACCAGGCUCCACAGCAUCAGGAGCCCAUACCACAUCUCAAGAUCAAACUGCCCAUCGGCUCCAUGUCCUCUUCCGAAGUCCUGCUGAGGACAGACUCUCUGUCCGGCACGGACCCCGCUCUGUCAGACGGCUCGGUAGGGUCUGCUCCCUCCCUUGGCCUGAGUCCUGGACCCCUGUGCGGAGGGGCAGACUCCAACAGGACCCAGGACAAGAGCAAGCAGAAGAUCCAGAUACAGAGUGACGGAGUGGAUGGCGAGGGGAUGGAUGGAAGGAGGGAUGAGAAAGCGGGCUGCAUGGCCACCUUCAUGGACUUCCUCAAGUCGGGAAAGAGACCUCCGGGCUUGGAAAUGCCCCUGGGAAUGGAAUCAGGAAAUGGUGACGCCUCCCCUCUCAAAUCUGAAGGGCUCCGUCCCUUGUCCCCAGCACCCCCUCCAACACUGCCCCCACCUUCUUUCGGCGAGGGCAAGGGCAACAGCGGCCUGGGGGGCUGCCCCAGCCCCUGCAAGCGCACCCUGGACGACGAGCUGAAGAGGAACCUGGAGACGCUGCCCUCGUUCUCCUCAGACGAGGAGGAUUCGGUGGGCAAGAACCAAGACCUGCAGAAAAGCAUCUCCUCGGCCAUCUCGGCUCUCUACGACACGCCGCAGCUGGCCUCGCUCCAGCCGCCCCCGCCUUCUCCCCCAUCCCAGUCCCAAGACCAACCCAGCCAUGACCCACUCACACCGACCGCCCUGCAGCCGCCCGCCCUCAGCCCCCAACUCCCCUCACACAACCCUCACACCCAGCCCCAGGCAGCCGAGCCGGCCGUACUACAGCGAGAGGACCAGGAGAUGGAGGAGAAUGAUGAGGAGGAAGAGAGGAAGAUGCGAGGAGGGGGUGAUGAUGAGAGUGAAGUGAAUGAUAUUGAAGAAGAGGAGCCAGAGUUGGAGAUACUUGGUGCACCCAGAUUGGAAGCCUCUGCCCCAGAGUCCCCAGUGGCACCAGCCGCGCCCCCACCUCUCUCUGCCUCCCCCGCUCAAUCAUUCUCUCCCUCUCCCCCGCCUUCCCCCUUACUUCUCCUCUCUCUCCCUUCAUCACCCCUGCCCCCACAAGAGGCGGCACAACAGCAGAAGCAGUCCCAACCUCCGAGCCCCCUCCCUCCUUCCAUUCCUUCCCCUCUUCCUCCUGCUCCCGCCACCCUCCCUCCCUCCUCCCCGACUCCUCCUUCCUCCCCUCCCCCGGCCUCCGAUUCCCCCUCACUGGAGCUCCCCGCGUCCCCGGAAGAUGCUCCCGCCCCUCAGGUCACCUCUCUGCAUGUGGCCCAGAAGCAGGAGGACGCUGCCAUCGCUGGAGAGAGCGAGGAUGACGAGAGCGAGAGCGGAGGGGAAGGCAUUUUCCGAGAGAGGGACGAGUUUGUGGUGCGCGUAGAAGACAUCGCAACAAUGAAGCUUGCCCUGAAGACCGGUCGAGAGCCUCCCCCCAUCUGGAGGGUGCAGAAAGCCCUGCUGCAGAAGUUCAGCCCCGAGAUCAAGAACGGACAGAGGCAGUUCUGUGCCACCAGCAAUUAUCUGGGCUACUUUGGAGACGCCAAGAUGCGGUACCAGCGCCUGUACGUCAAGUUCCUGGAAAACGUCAACAAGAAGGACUACGUGAGAGUGUGCUCUCGACGACCAUGGCACAGACCAUCCGGACUGAGGCAACAGGCCCUUCCCAAAAUGGCUUCCCCGCCUCUCACCACCCAGACCCCGCCUCGAGCUGAGAAGGAGGAGAGGGAGCAGCGAGUGGCAACGGCACGAGAGCCAGUGCAGCGUAAGCCCAGGGAGAGAACAAGGGCAAAGAACGAACUGCGAGAAAAAGAGAAGGCGGCUGCGGUGGUGAAAGAGGAGUGGGAGAAAGAGAAGCAGAGAGAGGAGAAGGAGAAGAGGGUGCAGCCAUCUCAGAAGCCUGAGAAACGGGCCGCCACAGUGGCAACGACGGAACGAGGGAAGGGGAAGGAGAAGAAAGGGGGAGUGGAGAAAGGGAAGAAGGUAGAGCGGCCUCCCAAGUUGAAGCCAGCAAAGGUCAAGGCGGAACCGCUUCUGAAAAAGAGGAAGUGGCUGAAGGAGGUCCCCUCGUCGUCUGAUUCCGACUCAUCCGAGGAGGCAGCCAGCGAGGAUGAGAUGACAAUGCAAGGUGGGGUGAACAACCGGGCCAUGCGGGAGAUGUUCAGGAGCUAUGUGGAGAUGCUGGUCAGCACGGCCCUGGACCCCGACAUGAUCCAAGCCCUGGAGGAUACAGACGAUGAGCUGUACCUCCCUGGGAUGAGGAAGAUUGACGGCAUCAUCGUGGAACAGAAGAGGAGACUGAUAAGGAGAGUCAACAUGAGUACUCAGCACCAGGAGGCACUGCACACGUACCCUCAGAUGGCGGCGGACCCCCUGGACUCAGGAGCUGUGAGGAUGCGGCUCAGUGGGGAGGGCUACAACCGCAAGACCCUCAACAGAGUCAAGAAGAGCCUACCCAAACCACAGGACCUUAAACUGUCAACAGAAUCCUGUCGGAUCUACAGCCUCUAUCAUUCACUGCAUCAUUAUAAAUAUCAUACUUUCUUACACUGCAAGAAAGAGACCAACACUAUAGAGCAGGCAGCUGAGGACCCUGGGCAGGAGGAGGUGGUGCAGCAGUGUAUGGCCAACCAGGGCUGGCUGGACACGCUCUUCAACUCCUUCAUCGAGCUGCUCACGCUCAGCGCCAAGGCCUGAGAGACAGACAGAGGGGAUGGAAGACAGAAAGAAAAGGGAGAGCGAAAUAACAAAAGGCACAGAAACUAGGCCCCAGGAAUGGUGAGGUGGGCGAACGAGGGGAAACAAGGUAAUGGAGGCCCCAUCCCACCUGGAGUCGUGUGGGUCCGACGGACAACUUGAAAGGCCACACUAGGAACAAGAGGGUCGGUAGGUGUGACCUUGGAGAGUGACCUCUCCUUAGUAAUUCAAUGACUAAAAUAUAGAAAUGAAUUGACUUGACCUUGAGAAGGGAUGAUGACCCCACAGGAGCUGGGGUUGUUCCUGAUUGGUCAAGAGAUGAGACUGACCAAUCAGGAGGCAAAGACACCUAAGGCAGAAGGAGGAGCUAUUGCACCAAGUCACGGUGGAUUGUCUUACAGACAUUGUAAAACCUGUGCGUCAAAAAACGUUUUAGAGAAUCUAUUACUGUUUUGUUUUUACAUAAAUUAUUUGUUUUUAAACAUUGUGUUAGAGGAGUGCAGUGAGUGAUGUGAAUAUAUAUGGGCUUGUCUGUGGAAAGGAUGCAACAUAACGGUGUUAAUUCUCACUCGUUCUAUGCGACAGUAGGCGGCGGCACCGGUGAACUAUGUGAUAGUAUAUAAACACAUUUUAAUUAUUUAUAUGAGGAGGUUUUUUAACAAACUCUCACAAGUGCUGGGAUGCCGCUUUUAGCAUUUUCAUUAACAUUUUUCAAAGGUUAAACGUUGUACAUACACGCACAUAUCCAAGCUGUCUUCCUUUUUUCUCUGAUACAAAAGAUGGGUGGAUGAGAUGGAAACGUGGCAUCAACUAUGUCUGUAAAAGGAGCGAAUGGGAGAGUAUAUUUGAAACCGACAUUGUAGUGCUUUAGUUAAUCAGAAUCAUGCAGGUGCAAAGAGAAAGAAACAUCAAGUUCCCUUACAGGAAUGGUUAUAAAUUAGUAAUAUUUAAGGAGGAAAUGGUCAUUUCAUUUUUAUCAGUUUGAUGUUUUGCAUAUUACUAUGACUUAUUUUGGGUGGAAAAAUAUAUUUUCCUUGUUAAGAAAGUCUGUGUAAAUAUUGUACAUUUCUUGACAAAUCUUUGUUUAUACAUUAGAUACUCAGCGAAACGUAUUGCUGCGAGCAGCGCCGCAGAUAUUGAGAUGAGCGAGAUGCAAGACUUCUGUCACAGUCACACACAGUAUCUGCGCAUGUGCACGGGUUCCUUCAGACUGUUGUAGCGUGGUAGCCACGGGACCAAAACAGCGGGGAAGUUGAGCCUCGCGCUUCAAUGCUCUUAGUAGUUGCGGAAAUUGACCCACUAUGCUGUUUACUUUCUGCAUCUACGUCAUAUCGCUGAGUCUACAUUAAAUAACUCUCCUGUAUUUGAAAGACAAAUAAAGACUGCAAAGAACAA